GCUCUAUCCCCAUUCGGGUGGCGCUAAGCGACCAUUUUCCCCCGGAGAUCAACCCCAAAGCCUCCUUCUUUGUGGCUUCAUCCGUCCCCGGAGACCACUGAGGCUCGUUUGCCUCCGCGAGAGCCCGCGCUCUCCCGAACGUGGACGUCGACAUGCGGCGUGGUGCUUCUUUCAGAGCUGUGUAGCGGGUCAAGGUUCUAUGUUGGAUCAGAAUUGGCGGCGCUCGGAGCAGGUUGUGAAGGAGCAAUGGCAUUCUGGUGAUGAAUAUCGACCCAUAUUAGUGCAAGGGGACAGUACUCGAGUACGAUGACCGGCCGCCGGGAUACCACGUACCUGAAUAAGCUGAACCUGGUUCGUGCAGCUCUUCCCCUUUGCCUAGGUACAGGUACUAACAUUUAUGAGGUUAGAGGUUGUUUGAGUGUAGCCCAGGCUAAGCCUUGACCCCUAACCUUUCGCCACUCUCAGCGCUUCAAAUUUGCAGGCUCCGUUACCGGUACCCAACGUCACCUCUUCCAUCAACACCAUCCAUAGUACCAAAGCCGAAUUUUCGACCAGUCAGCUCACGUUGAUCCUGAGCAUGGGGGAAUAUGU